CAUAGUCCUCACAUGGCGAAAGAGUUAUCGUAAUUUAGUUCCUUUACUUUUUAAGAGUGCGAUAGGCCUAAAGGCAUUUUGUUCUGCAGAUAAUUUUUUAGUUAUCAUAAUUUUAAAUGAAAAUUAAUGAGUCACUGCGAUUUAUAUAACACAUAGGUAGCUAAUAACAAUGCUGCGAACAUUUGUAAAUACAUGCAUGUUACCGAGCAAGAUCAGAUCAUGUCCCAUCUAUCAGCAGAUAAGGAACACAUUUGUUUUGAAUCGAAGAUAUCCCAUCAUAUUUUCGAAGAAAGGGGGCCGCCCAAAACGAUUUAAGCAAAAACAUUAUGUAUAUGACCUUGUUGAAAAUACUGAGUGUAGGAAACAAGGAAACAUUAAACUUAUCUUGACACAGUUUGUUGAAGGUUUAGGAGACAGGGGAGAAGUAGUCAGUGUAAAGCCUCUUUAUGGACGUCAACAAUUGUUGCUGCCUGGCCUAGCAGUAUAUGCUUCCCCAGAAAAUCUGGAAUUCGGAGGCAAAAAAUCAGAAAAACCCACAUACAGCUCACAUUUUGCAAGCAAGACAAUUGGCUAUCUGUCAACUCGUUUAGUGUCAGUGUCGAUGAAUAGAGAAAAUCCUUGGACUUUAGAGCCGUGGCAUAUCCGUGUGGCCUUUCGGAAAGUUGGUAUUAUUGUCCCAGAAGAAGCUAUAGAACUACCCAUACAACCAAUUUCAGGACCUGAUAUGGACAAGGAAGAUAAGGAGUUCGCUGUUUUUAUCACUAUCAAUAAAACCGAAAGAGUCCCAGUACGGUGCAAGAUUCAUCACUGGAGCCCUAACUAUCUGGAGAGGAAUGAUGUUGGGGAGUAUUGGAAGCCAUCAGAACCAAUCUUACCUGAACAGGCCACUUUACUGAGUGAGAUGCCAAGAUUUGAUAAAUCAAAAGACUCCACUUAGUGUUAUAAGUACAGAAGUACUUUUUUUUUUGUGAGUUUAUUUAAUAUGCUUUAGAGUUAAUAAAUAUAAGGUUAUGAUGUCA